AUGGACGACGAUGAUGAUUAUGAACCCAGUAUUUCUUCUGACAGCCCUGUCGUGGAUGGCUACAGCAAUACUCUGUCCCCAGAGACGAGAAAUCUCCAAACGCGGAGACAGCGAGGUGCACAAAGACUAGAGGUUCUGUAUGACUCUACAGCUAAAGAAGAUACGAUUUGCAUCCCCGAGAGUCAAUUCGAGAAGCACCGACUUCUGAAGUUACCAGCUGAUGGGCAAACUCACACAGCUGCAAAAUCCAUCAGCGCAGUCACCAAGCUUAAUGCAGUGUGCGUUAACUCCGCCCUCGGCCCCGGCUCCAUCCCUACCUUUGACUCCAUCUUCGUCUUCAUAUUCUAUUCACCUUCAUACCCAUCCAUACCCUUGGCCCCAUUCUCGUCAGCAUUUCCACCAAAUCUAAGGCAGCGUGCGUUGGUCCCAGCCUCAGUCUCAUCCCUAUCCUCGGUCCGGAUCUCGUCUUCAUCCUCAAUUUCGCCAUCAUGCCAACCUUCACUCCCAUCCUCACUCCCAUCCUUACCCUCAUCAGUACAUCCAAGGCAGCGGACGCUAGCUCCGGCCCCAGUAGAUACACGACGUUUCAUCCGACCAUAGAUCGGACGAACCAGAUGGAGGUCCUUCACCCUCGAUAAAAUCGUCGCCUAUCCUUUGUGUUGUUUAGCUGAUUUGUAGCUCGCUGUAGUGGAUCCUUUCG